AGCGGAAGCUUACAUCCAGGAGCUCUGAAAUGACCCCCCCCCCCCCCCCCUCAUCAGCGUCACCCGGUCUGAGAAAGGCACUACUACCCUACCCCGAUUUAUUGUUAUCAUUGCUUUGUCCAAGCAAGAAGUUGCGACGGAUGGUAGGUGGUCUGAGUUGCAGUUGAAGAAAGAAAACCUAUAUAAGCGCUACGCUGCAACCCGAAAAACGAACUGACAGCAAAACACUCAUUCCAGUGCUGAGAGAAAGGCGGUCAAAUUCAAAAAGCAGUCAACCUUGCGCUGAGGAAGAAAAUAGAGCUAGGCCCAAGGUACAUUCUGACGCACCCGCAAGAACCAGUAGUCCCUGUGGCCAUCACGAUGCAGCACAUCCCACCCUCCGACAGCUCGUCUUAUUAUCCACGAGGAUAUUUAAAUCGACCGGAGAACAAUAGCUACCCUAACGAUAUGACCUUUUGUGGCGAUCCGGGGAUGUUAUUGUCUUCUAGCAGAAAUGUGACGUAUGAAAGAUCCCGAACUCCAUCCAAUCAAAAUAUGUUUUCAUUAGCAUCUGCUCCCUCUUCAAUGUAUGGAAGUACUUCUGGUUAUGAUAUUACAAAUCCUAGCGAAGCCAUCCCCUCCCCAUUUAUUGGUCAGAUGGACAUUGGGAAUCAGUUUGAUUUCUUGUCCAACUACCGUACUCGGGAUGCACCACCAAUGUCACUAGGGGUUUCCACAAACCUACAACAUUCUUUUAACGAAAAUGUAGCGCAGAAUGUUUCGCCAAGAGAGCUCGGGAAUAGCACUCGCUAUGAAGACAAUUCAGCUUCAUUUUCGCCUCCUCGUCGCAGUCCGAGGCUCUAUACUUGUGACAUUUGUGAAAAGAAAUUUGUGCGACCAAGUUCAUUAACCACUCAUCGAUUCUCCCAUACUGGCGAAAAACCGCAUUCUUGCCCAACCUGUGGGAAAUCUUUUUCAGUGGCAUCUAACUUGAGGAGACAUGAGAUGACCAUCCACGGCCCCAGGGUCUCGACUUCGGGAGGCGCUGCUUAUGAGGGGUUGAACCCGACCACAAGUGGUGGCCUGCAAAGCGCGUCUCUUGUUGGAUCCACAAGCUCUAGUGUUAUAUAUCAACGGGGGUCCGAGACGUAUGAAAACAUUCUCCCAUCGCACGAAAGGUUCUACGAUAUCUACCGCAGUUCACAGAGGUGAAUGUAACGCAUAAUUCUGUAUAGCUGAUCCGCUAUUUGUUCAACGGCAUACAAGCCACGUCGUCCAAGUUGUCAGUACCCUAACGCUGGAAUGUUCGUAUCAAAGCACCAUUCAAUCAGACAAUUCAUCAAGGACCUACUUAAAAAAAUUGAAAUAAAACGCAAAACUCAAAGGGCAAAAAAAAUCUUGUUAUUUUCAAUAAACCCUUUCUCUCAAAUCUAUUUCCAUUUUCAUUCUAAAACAUGAAAAUGUCUCAUUUUUGAUGGGUUUUUAUCAUGAAAUAACCUGAGCAUGUAGAUGUGAGAAUUAUUUCUUUUCCACACCCAAUAGAAAUUUAUAGAAUGAUGGUCAUCCCAGUAUACUUCACACAAUAUGUAACUAUGGUAGAAAAAAAAUACAUUGGAAAAGCUAUUCGUGAUGAAUGAGAAUUUCACUAAAAUAUGUAUAUGCUUGGAGAGCUCAUCUCCAAUUUAAACUAUCCUUUAUAUUGAGACAUUUUCAUGGUCACUAACCUAUGAUAUCCUAUAAUGUUUUGAACAAUUACAACUUCCAACCUUUCAAAAUGGAUCCUGUAAAGCUUUUUGUUACAAUUUCCCUAUGUUUUUACCUAUUCUGAGAAUUCAAAAUCCCAAACCCAGAUGUGUUUGUUAAUUCACAGGGAAAAUAUCUUUACUCAGAAACUCAAGCCUCACAAUAAUGCAUGAAAGAAUCCAAAACUUACACUUCCUCUCAUCUCAAUUUCUAAGUCAUGCACUGCAAGAUAAGGUUGUGCAAGUUGUCCAACUGUGUGCAGUUGACAUAUGAUAUUAAAAAGGUGCCUUUGUAAAAUUUCCUGUCAAGUGCAAAC